CAACAACCAAAACCGUUACCGAAGCAAGUCGUGGUCGAGAGCCAAGCAAGCAUGAGCACACGAAAGCCAUCGGGUGAUGCGCGGGUGCCAGGGCGCGCUGCUCACCGUGGGCGGGCUCGCACGAGUGGGAUGAGGAUGCAGCAGGCACGUCGCCGUCAACCCAGGAGGCGGGAUGCCACAGCAGCAUACCUCACAUGGGCAACGCUGCCAGAGGAGCUGUUGGAGCACAUCUUUUCCUGGCUGCAUCCCGUUGAUAUCCUUCGAUGCGCGUGCACGUGCAAGCACUGGCAAGCGGCCUCCCAGCAACAGCGGCUGUGGAAGGAUGUGUUUGCGCGCCGCUUCCCAAAGCUGGUCCCCAAAGUGAGCGGCAAUGCAAUCACCUGGCGACAACAGUGCCUCACAAGGAUCUUCAAGUCACGACAGGCAUUUAUGCAGCGGGCAGGCGCACUGACACCAGACAGAUACACGGGGAGCCAGGACUUGGGCAACUUUCUGAGGCAAGCAAGUGCUGUCUUCGUGUUGCGCAUUACAGCAGACAACCAAACCCACAACGUCAUCGCAAAGCACAUCAAAUCUGCUGAGCACAGACUUGGCACCGUUGUCCAAUGGACCAAGAAGCUGAACGAGAUUGAUUGGCAGCGCGUCGAUUCUGUAUCUGUCCUUCUCUCCAUCAUCGCUGAUCCCCGCCUCGACGCAUGCAGGUCCAGGGCGCGGGUGUUGCUGUGCCGCUCGCACGUAUACAAGCAUGCGACAGUGACGGCAGCUCCGCCCGUGGCCCAAACCGAUUUGGUGUCGCUGACCACGCUCGACCGCAGUCUUGUUCUCGGGCUCUGGAAGGAUGACCCAUCCCACACGCCGGCAUUUGUUGCGCUCAACGUCACAUAUGCCGCCCUCCUCGGCGCAGUUCUGCACGCGUCGGAAACGAGGAUGUACGUGCCCCCACCAGCAGCUGCUGUUGACGACGACAUUAGCACGAGAUACGGCAUGAUUGAUUAUCACGUGGUUGUGCAAGUGCGCACGUUACAACACACCGUGUUCUUGAACGCCUUCUCUCCAGUGGACUGUUUGCCAACCUUCACCUCUCUAGGUGGCGGCCACCGCGGCGGUGCGAAGUAUGCUGUGCUGCCGCUCCUGGGGCCAGAUGCACGUCAGUCGCAUCUUCCGUGCGACUCCACCGAUACGACGCUCGUGUGGAAGUGCGAGCACUUUUCGGCCUCGCUGGACGAUGCGCUGCUGGUGGACGUGGUCGUGCGCGAUGGCUCCAUGGCAGUCGUCGCCGAGACCUCCCAGCUCGUCCCAAUCGACCACCAAACCGCCGACGAACGUAGAGAUGAUUAUGCAUUUAGUGAAGGCGAGAGCCUGCGGUUCUGUGUCACCGGCGGAGACGAGCUGGGCAUACAACUUGAAGGCAGCAUCAUCAAGGAGGAGGAUGGCCCGAUCGUGCACACGCUGCGCGUUCUGCUCUCACUGGAUCGCGUCAACACACACUUCAGCCGCAACUACAAAUAAAAACCAGAAAUCGA